AUGGCGUCCGGAGGCGAGCACCACGAGGAGGAGGAGGACUACUACGGCGACGCCGCAACCAUAGGCGCCCUGCGGCGGCUGUACGCGGGGUACCCCUGGGUGGACGUGGCAUCGCUGGGCCCGGAGUCCUCCGGCCGCGCUUGCGCGUGCGCGGCGCAGGCGGUGCGCUCCGUGGGGCGGCGCGUGGCGUUCCUCGUGAUGCGGCAGGACGGGGCCACGGUGCAGUGCGUGGAUGCCGGCGGCGGCGCUGGCGGGGACGGCGGGAUGGCGCGGUUCGCGGCCGGGCUGAGCCGGGAGUCCGUGGUGGACGUCGCCGGCGCCGUGUCGCUGCCGCGGGAGCCCGUCCGCGGCACCACCCAGCAGGCCGUGGAGAUCCGGGUGGAGAAGCUCCACUGCGUCAGCAGGGCCGUCCCCGCUCUCCCCAUCGGCGUCGACGACGCGGCGCGGAGCGAGGAGGACGUCGCGAGAGCCAAAGCUGUAAGCUCCUGCAGGAGAGCAGGUGGACAGGUGGUUCAUGUUGGGCAUGACAAGCGGCUGGACUACCGGGUGAUCGACCUGCGCACCGCCGCCAACCAGGCCAUCUUCCGCGUCCAAUGCGAGGUCGAAAACAUCUUCAGGCAGAUGCUGCUGUCGGAAGGGUUCGUGGGCAUCCACACGCCGAAGCUGAUCGGCGGUUCGAGCGAGGGCGCCGCUGCCGUGUUCAGGCUAGACUACAAUGGGCAGCCGUCGUGCCUGGCGCAGUCGCCACAGCUGCACAAGCAGAUGGUCUUGUGCGACGGCUUCGGCCGCGUCUUCGAGGUAGGCCCUGUCUUCAGGGCCGAGCACUCCAACACCCACCGCCACCUCUGUGAGUUCGUCGGCCUCGACGUCGAGAUGGCGCUCAGAGACCACUACAUCGAGGUGUGCCACGUCGUGGACAGGCUGUUCGUCGCCAUGUUCGACCACCUGAACGACAAGUGCGGCAAGGAGCUGGAGGCCAUCCGGAGGCAGUACCCUUUCCAACCGUUGAAGAAGCCGGGGUACACGUGGACCCCAUGGGCGGACCUCAACACGGAGGCGGAGAAGAAGCUGGGCGACCUCGUUCGAGACAGGUACGGCACGGAGUUCUACAUGCUGUGCCGGUACCCGUCGGCGGUGAGGCCGUUCUACACGAUGCCGUGCCCGGAGGACCCGCGCUACAGCUGCUCCUUCGACGUCUUCGUCCGGGCCGAGGAGAUCAUCUCCGGCGCGCAGAGGGUGCACGUCCCGGAGCUGCUCGCCUCCAUCGCCACCUACGUCAACGCAUUCCGGUACGGCGCGCCGCCGCACGGCGGGUUCGGCGUCGGGCUAGAGCGCGUCGUCAUGCUCUUCUGCGGCCUCGGUAACAUCAGGAAGACGUCGCUGUUCCCGCGCGUCCCUAGGAGGCUGGCGCCCUGA